GCUAUGCCGGCCGUUGGUGACGGGUCGUAUUGACGGUUGGGAGCGUCGUGAGACGGAGGUGCUUUUUUGCUUUUUUGAGCGAGGCUGUGGAGUUGGCUGUGGACUUGAUUCUUACAUAAGUGUUUGAAGAUAUUCUUUUUCCAACGGGGCCCACUGGAACAACUGGGAUGAGAUGGUGUAUCCAUCGAGAGAGAAAGCUUUGUGUGGUUAUCAAGGAUGUAGCUACAAUGGUCAACUUCGUUCGUUCAAGCGUCACAAUCAACUUCUUCAUGGAGGUCAGCCUGUUAUUCUGAUGAAUGCUGGAUUUGGAGCUGGUGGGCGAUGGAGCAGCUGGAUCCAACCUGCUGCCACAUCGUCAUCCAGAAUGGAAGGGUCCUGCAAGCGGCGUGCUGACCAGUCACCUGCCCAUGAAGGCCCAGCCACCAACCGCCCGUGCACCGGUUCUCGCUCUGCUGAGCAGUCAGCAGAUGUGUCGUCUGCCUCUGUGCGCCCAGCCGCCGCGCCCUGCCUGGAGAGACCACCGGUCCCCGCGGCGCCUGCCUCGUCCCACGAACGGGAUAUGACGGAAGAUCCAGACGACCCGACUGCUGGUGGCUCAUCCCGGUUUGAUGCGGAUGCGGCCUGGGACGUAGAACCGCCGAACCCAGAGCCAGCUGCCACAUCGUCAUCCAGAAUGGAAGGGUCCUGCAAGCGGCGUGCUGACCAGUCACCUGCCCAUGAAGGCCCAGCCACCAACCGCCCGUGCACCGGUUCUCGCUCUGCUGAGCAGUCAGCAGAUGUGUCGUCUGCCUCUGUGCGCCCAGCCGCCGCGCCCUGCCUGGAGAGACCACCGGUCCCCGCGGCGCCUGCCUCGUCCCACGAACGGGAUAUGACGGAACAUCCAGGCGACCCAACUUCUGGUAGCUCACACUGGAUCGAUCCGGAUGAGAGCGAGGCUACCGCGACGGCGAAGGGAAGACUGCCUGCCUCCGCAGCUGUCGCGGUGCCUGACCAUGCGAGCCAGAGCACAGGCUGUGAGGGAGUAUGUUCUGAAUGUGGUGCAUCAUGCAGUAGCGGAGCAGGAUUCUCGCAGGAAGAUCGGCAGAUCCUCCUCAGACUCGACCGAAGUCUACAGAAGAUAGCCAGCGCAACAUCUGGCCAUCCCACCGAGCAGCCCCGCUUCCUGGACGAAGCCUGCCGAGUGCUCGCACAGCUGGCAAAGAGUCGUGCGACAAAUGGCGAUCAACCGACGCCCAUGGUUGGUGAGCCAGAUGUUUCUGCAACGCUUUUGCGCUCUGGCAGGAGCAUCGCAGAACUGCAGAGGGCGACCGAUGGAGACCUAACCUGGGAUUCGUCAGGUAAAUACCUUCACUGUAAAGUAUGCGCCUCAGACGUAAAAGACCCCAAAAAGCAGCGUAGCGGCGUCUUUGGAUAUGAUGCAACAGUCGGUACAUCCUUUGGUCCGCGAGAGACCAUGCCUCCACGCUUUAAGUCGCUGAAGCAAAACGUUGCUGAACACUUCCGGUCAGUCGGACAUAAGGAGGCCAAGAAAGCUCACCUUGAAAAAGCAUCCAGGCAGGAGGCGCGGGUCAUCGUGGACAACACCGCUGCUUCGAAUGUCCUCCGAUCGACUUACAUGGUUCUGAAAAACUCACUUGGCCAUACACUAUUCGAGGAGCUGAUCCUCCUGCAGCACUUGAACGGCACACAAGUCGGAAACAUCAACCAUUCUCGAAUGAUGAUGGCUACAGCCCGAACGGCAUUCCACCAAGUCAUUCAGGCAAAAAUCAAGGAACAAGUGCUCAAGCAGCCGUGUGUCGCAGUCCUGGCUGAUAAGGUAACCGUGGCGCGCAGGACAGUUGACGUGACGGCCAUCCUCAUGCUGCUGCCAGCUGCCAACGCGGAAGACAUCUUUCAGAGUUUUGUGGUGGGCGCUCCGGUAGUCCAGCAACACGACGGCGAAGCACUGGCAGCUGACAUCCGGGGCUCGCUGGAAAAUGUCGGUGUGGUGGCCACUGGCCAGAUCUCGGCCGUCGCAGCGGAUGGCCAGUAUCACCACAACGACGUGCCGGCGAAGCUGGCGCGGAUGCUGGACGGCCCAUCGGACCUGCCGGCCGUGUGGGACCCUGCUCAUCUCAUGAACUUGGCCGAGUCAGAUGGAAGGGGAGCCGCACACGCUGCGUGGGUUCCAGAGACCAUAGAGGUUAUGACGGCGGUUACGAAACGGUUCUCCCACGGAAAGGGCUGGGAAGAUCUCAUGGCCUGCGGAGAUAAAAGCACACAAAAAGCCCUCCGGCCAAAGAUGUGGUCGGAGACGAGGUUCGCGGCCCAUGCCGGUGAGGUGUUUUACACCUUUCGCCGCAACCUUCCUCUCCUAUGCACCGCGCUCGAGGAGAAGUUGAAAGAGGAGACGAAGCCUGCACAGCUAAAGGAGAUGAAGAAGGAGCUGUGUCAUCUGACAGAUCCGUCAUUCCACGUUCGGGUCCGAGCACUGGAAGACAUCUAUAAAGUCCUCGGCAGCUACAGCGAGGCGGUGCAGAGCACGCAUGCGCUACCAUGGGAGCGUCAGGCUAGCCAAGAGGACGUGGGUAACCUGCUGGAGCGAAUGCGGCUUUCUCUUGUGGCACAGCACAAGAAGUCGCCGUCGGUCUCCGAACUCUUGGACAUCGCCGACAACGAGAAGCUGUGGCCCAGCCUUUCUAAAAGCGAAACAGCCCCGCAUGUACAAGAGGUCGCCAAGAUCGCCCGGUACUGCUCGAUCCUCAAAGAACGCCUCGAGUUUCGCGGGAGAGGACGCGACAAGGCCGGGUCAAGCAAAAACUCGUCGAACGGCGCCAUAGCCGACCACAUGGAUGACAUCCGAACCAUCGCCGACCUUCAGAGACUGGCGCUGUCCAGCACACCUGCGCCAGUCCUCGCUCGCCUCGUGUGGGACGCUGGCCAAAGGCUAGCUGCUCGAAAGCUGGUCCCCAGGGCUGCAGUGCCGGAGACGGGACACAUCGAGGCGGGCAUCUGCCUCGUGCGUGCCCAUGCAGCAUGUGGCACAAACCAGGCACUGUGGAAAGUGCUUGUGAGCAGUCAGCACGCCGGAGGUAAGUCCCAAAAGUUCACGGACUUUGUGACUCGCCUCUGGCUGCUCUGCCCGCCGGAGAGCGUGGUGGAAUCCAUGGCAAGUGUGAUCGGGGAGGUAUUCGGCGAACACCGAAAUCUGAGCCAUGAAAAUGCGGCCUCUGAGCUGGCCAUCAGGUGGAACGGGCCGUGUCUGGCCAAAGCGGACCGGCUGCUCAGCAGCGUUCGCCGCCGCUUGUCCGCCAGCGGCACCUUCAGGUGCACUCGGAAGACCUCAACGGUAGUCCAGGCCUUUGAAGGCACGGUGCUCUCGCGCCUGAAGAGGACUGCGAAUACCAAAGCGUGCCUUUGGAGCGUGUAGAUAGUUUAGUUGUUCAAGGUCAGAAAAUUCCAGGUUGAAGGGAACUGUUCACCUCCCCCACAAAAAAAUAUUAAAAGGUACUAUACCACUUUUAACAUGGAUUUUGAACUGAAAUAGCAGUUUUGUAGCUUGAGCUGAGACUAGCAGUACCGAGGGUUUUCAUGACCCAACGAUAACCCCAGGCAAAAGUAGUCCAUUUCUCAUUCCGACGUAGUUUUAGCGGAAAAUUCUUGGUUAACGGAAUGGAGCACUUCCCUUUGAAGGUGAACACUUCCCUUUAACCUGCUCUGGCCCGGAGAGCUGUAUUUUUAUAGAACCUCACCCCCUCCCCUCCUUAAGACAGUUUUUGCUUACUCGCUAAAUGGCGGCAAACUAAAUCGUUACAUGUGCUCACCAUAUUCAAGGUUGUAUUUAUGAACUCGUCUUUUGCGUUUUAUGUACAUGGUUGUCAUUGUCAUUCGUGCUCGUGCAUUCAUUUCAUUCAUUCGUGCUAGUGUAGAUGUUAUUUUUGCGGCGGCAGCGACGGGCGGGUGGUUGACGGCCGUUUUGGUGGCCGUUUAGCGCCGGCGGUGACGGACGGUUAGUGGUGCUUUUGGUGAAAGUUGGCGGCCGCCAACUUUCAUGCCGGCGAUGCCUCAGCAUUGCUACCUGCGUUUAUUGUAUUUGUUCUGGCACUCGCUCAUUGUACAUUGUCACGCAAUACAGUUAUUGCGUUGUGUUUGCUUAUUUUGCUUAGGAAAUUUGAACCCUUACAUUAGAUUACUGCUGCAGGUGGUAGUGUUAUGCAUUGGGUCGUAGAUUAUAAGCUUUUAACUUCUGCGAUCUGUGUGACAGUAUGGCCUGCCACAAGUAGGUAUGUGACAGUCUGGCAGGUUUUUGCACCUCUGUUGGUACAGACCACAGACCCUCUCGACGCAGAAGGAGCAGGCGAGGAUGUGUGUGACAUGACUCUCUGAUGUAUUUAUUAUAUUGAGAGUACAAAUACAUGCAUUUUAGAGUGUGCAAGUUUUCGCAACUACAUGCAUUUGUGUUUGUAUUGAACAAUCAUGAACGAUCUGCAUCCUAAAACUGCGUGGCGAUUAUGUGACUGAUGUAGUCGGAUGCUGAUUUAGUGGCGGCGAUUUUGUCACAUUCGCUGUUGAGUUCGCUGUGUUUGUGGCACAUUCGAGUUUAAUUUCGUGGCUUUAAUUCUGAUAGGCUCGCCUGGUGCUAUUCAGUGGGGAUGACUCUGGCACCUUCUGAUGCUGAUUUAAUGAUGGUGGUUCUGAAACGAUCGGUGGAUUGGUAAGCAAUACAGUGCUGGCGGGUCAGAGCCGGUGAUUCCAAUACAUUUGAAUGCUAGCUCAGUGCUAGAUUCUGACACGUUC